AUGACGGACGCAGAGGUCGUGCAGCAGGAGCUUCAAGACUACCUCCAGAAGAAAGGGAUCAAUGCGCUGUUCAUGAACCUGGUCGAGUCGCUGCUGCUUGCAAAGCCGGAGAACCCGAUUCGGCACAUUGUCCAGUACUUGUGCGCGACGUACCCAGACGAGACGCAGUCGCGUUCGAAACUCGAGCGAAUGGAAGACGAUCCGACUCUGUCGUGUCAAUUGCACUAUCACUCGGACGAGAGCGACAGUGACGACGACGAUGAGAGCGGAGACGACGUGGGGGAGAUCGUGGCCAUUGCACCGCCUCUGCGGUUUCUGGCCAAGGGUCGUCGGACUUCAGUGUCGGCUGAACCUAUUGACCCGUCAAGUGUGCGACAGUUCGAGCGUGUAGUGCAUCCCAAGUCACAAGAAGAGAUGGACGGCAUUAGUUGCAUGGUCGCGGAGAACAUUUUGUUCAAGUCGUUGGAUGAGAAACAGCAUCAGAUUGUGCUCGACGCCAUGUUCCCCAAGGAAUUUGCACCUGGAGAUACAAUUAUCAAGCAAGGAGAUGACGGAGACAACUUUUAUAUCCUCGAGAGCGGCGUCUGUGAGGUCUAUAAGGACGGCGAUCUAGUGCAAACGUGCACGGAAGCAAUGUCGUUUGGUGAGUUGGCACUCAUGUACAACGCCCCUCGGGCUGCAACCGUAAAGGCCGUGCAGCAUUCGAAAGCGUGGGCACUGGAUCGACAGACAUUCAAGUUUAUCAUCAUGGAGACGACGUUACAGAAGCGCGAGGCACAUAAGGGCUUUAUCGAGCGCGUUCCUCUGCUCGAGUCACUGAGCGAGUAUGAGCGUCUUACUGUGGCAGAUGCACUCAAAACCGAGACGUUUAAUGACGGUGAAGUCAUCAUUACUCAGGGUGACGACGGGAACCUCUUUUACAUUAUCGAAGAAGGCGUAGCAGUUUGUACAAAACAGCUUUCACCGGGAGAUCUGCCGGUGAAAAUGGGUCACCUCACGUCUGGCGCGUACUUUGGUGAAAUAGCACUGCUCACUACGCGACCUCGCCAGGCAACAGUAACAGCACGCGGCAAGGUCAAGUGUCUCACAUUGGAUCGAAAAACAUUCAAGAGGGUGAUGGGCCCACUAGAAGACAUCUUGAAGCGCAAUAUCGACAAGUACAAUUUGAUGAUUGCGAACAACAUUUAA